GUGCCCAGGGGGUGGAGGCAGGUGGGUGCCUUGGCCACUGCUCAUUGCUGCCUUUUCUUCCAGGCAAUGCCAGCGAGGUGCUGAAAGAAUGGACUGUAACAGGCAAAAAAAAGAACAAGAAGAAGAAAACCAAACCCAAACCACAGACCGACUCCAGCUCUGGCCUCCCAGAGCCUGGGAAAUUGGUGUCCACUGAAGAGGAGCAGUCGGCAGCCUCGGAGAAGGGGGGGAUGAAUGGUUUCCAUGUCAACGGCUGCACCCACGACACCGAGUCCGUGGACUCGCUCAGCGAAGGUUUGGAUGCGCUUUCAAUUGAUGCCAGAGAGCUGGAGGAUUGCGAGGCGCCGGCCGUGGCUGAUGGAACAGUGCCUGACCUAGAGAAUGGACUAGCAGAGUCUGACACAAAAUCGCUCACCCUGCAUCCUUCCCAGAGCCCUGCACCCCCCCGACAGCGCCCGGGGCAGAGGAGCUCCACCAGGUCUCUGUCCAGACCCGCAGCCAGCGCCUCGACUCCCUCCUCCCUCUCCGUCUCGCUCCUGGAGGACGUUCCCCUUUCACCCACCAACAAGAAGCUGGGUUCUAAUAUUGAAAAAUCAGUGAAGGAUCUGCAGCGCUGCACCGUGUCCCUGGCACGCUACCGGGUGGUGGUGAAGGAGGAGAUGGACGCCUCCAUUAAGAAGAUGAAGCAGGUCUUUGCUGAGCUGCAGAGCACCCUCAUGGAUCGGGAGGUGGCGUUGCUGGCUGAGAUGGACAAAGUCAAAGCAGAAGCAAGUAAGAUUGGGAG